AAAUUGAUUUGUUUGUCAUUGAGAGAACACUGAAGCUUCUUCCAGCCCCCAUCCAGUGUUACCACAGACUUAAUGAGCAGAUUAAAGGCCCAGCAGUCUCCUUUUGUAUGCAUAGACAACAGCAACCUAAAUAUGCCUGAUUUGUUUUCAUAAAGAUCCGUGAAUUAUGCCCUGAGAAAUCGACAAAAAUGUCUAAAGAUGCUUAUCUGCCCACGUGAAAGAAAGUGAGAAAAAGAUUCCUGGUUCUGUCCCUUUAUCGGGAUCUGCACCAAAAGUUAAAGGGGUCUAUUCUGGGCCGAGACCUGGCCUCCAUCCAAAUUCUGUGGAAAUCGGUUUAGUAUUUUUUUAGCAAUCCUGAUCACAAACCAACAGAUGAGUAACAGUAACAGGUGAAAGCGAAACCUCUUCCUUCAUUUAUGAUGCUUAUAGUCAAUAAAAUGCUCAUUAGCUAACUAGUUGCUCCAGCCAGUCCAUGUCCAAAGCUCCCAUUAUAGCAAUGUAAUCACCAACACUCCACUGGUGCUCUGGGCUCACAGUCCAGGAUGCUAGCUGCACUGCUAACUGUGCUAAACAGUUAACGGCAGCUAUAGCUAGCAGCAGGUAGGGAGGUUACCCUAUUUGGUUUAAGCAUGAAUUCGACAGGUGGUCAGUUUUUACACUUUGCACAUUUAAACAACAAAACAUAAAAUGGCUCUUUUCAACUCACUAAUUAUUAAGUCAAAAUCUUCACUGUAUCUGCUAAAGCUGAAGCUAAAAGUGUUAGCGCCAGAAAUGUUUUGUGGACAACGAAACAUCACACGACUUUACGUCAGCAUGAGGGGCAGCAGAUACAGAUUCCUAUAAAGGGACAUUAUCUGACACCACGAUACCGUGAAACUUAUUUUUCUGAGACACUCACCACUCAUAAUUUUGCAGCCUUUCUUGCCAAAUACCUUUCUUCUGAACCUGAGCAGCAUGCAGAGGGAGGACAGAGAAAGUAUUUUUGUUUUGUUUUGUUUUUUUUUUUUAAUCCAAACAGCCUUUAAUUCAGAUUAUCUGGGGAAAGGACGGAGCCAUUAGUUGGUCCCAUGCAGACACACUAAAGGCUGUUUGGCUGUUUUGGUUUCAUCGGUCUUAAAACAAAGCCGGACCAGCAGAGAGACAGGCAGAGCGUGAUCUCGGCCUGUCUUCACUCAUUAUUUUUUCCACUCUCCCUCUCUCUCUCUCUCUCUCUCUCCGCUGCUCUUAACGCCACUCGGUCAAACACCUCCACACCAUCAGCAGAUUGGGAGUCAGCAGGUGUGUGUUUCUGUGCGUGUGACAGAAAAAGGAGAGCGUGUGUAUCGUGUUGUGUAUGUCUGUGUGUGUGUGUGUGUGUGUGUGCGCGCGCGUGCUUUUUGGGGGAUGGGUGGCAUCACUAUUGCCAUGGGAACCACGGAUUGUAAAAAAGAAAGUCUGGUUUCUAUGGCAACGUGCUACACAACAGCAAAGCCUGAGAGAUGCCUCGUGCAUCUGCAACCAGGCUGAGGACACUUAACGUUAUGUAUAAUUAUAUUGAGUCAAAUCAGGCAGCUGCUCAGAUGCUGCAGGAUAAAAUCUGCAUUUUAUCCUGCAGGAGAGGCGGUGAAGAUGUUGUCGUAACGCCCCUGACGAAAGGUUUUUAAUGAAUUAACACCAACAGAGUAUUAUAAAAUACGACUCUUUGGUUUUUUUUUAAAUAUGUUUUAAAUGAUACUAGAGGCUUCAAAUAUAAUUACAACCCUCCGCAGUUAAGGAAAUAAAUAUUAAGUAGCAUUAGUUUUUUCAAAGACAAACCAGGAAUUUCAUAGAAAUUAAAGCUGCACUAAGUGGUAUUUCUCAAUUAAAUUGUCCGUAUGCACACGAACAUGCACACAGCAGGACACUCCUGUUUACCGACAAUGGCAGAGCAGGGUAUGCUACCAAUUCUAGCUUGUAAGGUGGCGGCUAAUACGACCAAACAGGUCAAGCGAAGAUGAAAAGAAAGGCAAAGAGAGUCGUGCAAGCAUAAUGACGGGAUUGCUAACUGCAAAAUGGACAGGAAGUUAGCUAAAACAACGGCAAAGCUGACAGGAUCUUCAAGGCUGUCAGUCACUGGUGGACAGAGGGUGUUCGUUUCUCUGCAUUGUACCGGCGCGGAACGGAGAGGGGCGGGGUCGUGAGGGCGGUGCAAGAAAGAGAGAGAGACCUAGAGAAAGACAGAGAGGUUGGGGGAGAGAGAGAGAGGGGAGGGGAGGGGGAGAGAGAGACGGUCCCCCGGUUUGGAAAGCCGGUAACUAGUGACGUGCCUUCUCAAAGAGGAGAGCAGUCGCUGCUGGGAAAGCAGCCCGGUGGAAGAUGAACCGGGGCUCCGUCAAACCGCCGGGGCGAUGAGGAGCAGAGGACGGACGACAGAGAGGCUUCUGCCGCAGAGGAAACCCACAUAAAGCUGCUCUGACAACCCACCAUCCCACCACCCCACCCACCGCGACCACCCAUCACACCAGGCUGAGUGUGUGUUUGAGGAGGAGGGGGGGAACUUGAUGCAGGGAGGAGCUGGACGCACGGACAAGGAGCCGGCAGGAGAACAUCUCGGUGUGUGUGUGUGUGAAUGCGUCUCGGAUGAGCUCCGUCAUCACCGGGUCGCCCUCCCUCCCCUCCACUCCCCCUGUUUAGCGGAUGAGAGAACCCAGGGCGGAGCGGCGCACCUGUGACCGGAGGAGGCUCGGAUUCCUCCCCGGCUGGUGACCUCCUGCUCCGGGGGAAUAAAUCCCUCCCCGCGCCUCCAGCAGCCCGACACAGACGGCGCCCACCGAUGCGUCCGGCGGCCCCUGAUGCUCGGCAGUGCUCCGGGGCUUUCCGGUCGGUGGGAGAGGCUCGAGCCGCGGCCGCGCGCUAGGAUGCUGCGCCAGGUGUUGCACGCGGGCCUGAGGACCUCCUUCCACGCGCUGGGCAGGUUCGUGGCGGGCCACCCGGUGUUCUUCGCCUCGGCGCCCGUGCUCCUCUCCAUCCUGCUGGGCGCCAGCUUCAGUCGGUACCGCGUGGAGGAGGACGUGGAGAGCCUGCUGGCGCCCAAACACAGCCUGGCCAAGAUCGAGGGCAACCUGGUGGACAGCCUGUUCCCCGUGAACCGCUCCAAACACGCGCUCUACUCAGACCUGCAGACACCGGGCCGCUACGGGCGCGUGAUCGUCACCACGCGGAAGGGGAGCGUGCUGGACCCGGUUCACCUGGACACCAUACUGAAGCUCCACAGGCGGAUCUACCAGAUGCAGGUGACGGACCCGGCCACGGGCCUCAACAGCUUCAACUACUCCUUCUCCUACCUCUGUCUCCCCGAUGACAAGAAUGUCUGCAUCAUUGAUGACAUCAUUCGUGCCAUGGAGGAAAUCCAGUCAGCUCGCACCUCCAACCGCUCCAUCCCCAUCCUGCGGUACCCAAUCACGCAGCUGGCAGACGGACGGCAGGCGUACAUUGGCCACCAGCUGGGCGGGGUGCAGGGUUGGGGUCCCAGUGGGAUGGUGCGAGGCCCUGGGACAGGAGCCAGGGGGGAAGGUGUACGUUCAGCCCGGGCGUUGCAGCUCACCUACUACCUCCAAGUCCGCGGCGGCCUGAUGGACCGGGUUGCCAGCCAAUGGGAAAACGCCUUCUGCACUGAGUUGCAGCACUUUGCAGCGUUGCAUCCUAAACUGGGGCUGUACCCGUCUACUUCCUCUUCUCUGAGGACAGACUUCCAGUUCUCAUCGGUGCUGGCGCAUCGCCCCUUGCUGGCCAGUCUGGGGGUAUGUGGGGUGCUGGCCAUCCUCUGCUGCUCUAUGAGGGACUGUGUGAGGUCUAAACCCUGGUUGGGACUGCUGGCUCUGCUGUCGAUCACCCUGUCAGGCCUCACUGCUGCUGGGAUACUCAACCUGACCGGGACCACCUACAACUCCACAUACCUGGGCAUCCCUUUUGUCAUGCUAGGUCACGGGCUCUUCGGCUCCUUUGAGAUGCUGUCAUCGUGGAGGCGAACGCGGGAGGACCAGCACGUGAAGGAGCGCGUGGCGAGCGUCUUCGAGGACGUCAUGCUGCGUUUCUCCGGCUCCACCAUGCUCCACCUGAUGACCCUCGGCCUGGCCGCCUCGCCGCUCACCAACAUGGAGGCUGUCCGGCUCUUCUGCCGCACCGCCGCCUUGGCUGUCACCAUCAGCUACGUUUACAUGCUAUCCUUCUACAGUUCCUGUCUGGUGUUCACUGGAUACUUAGAGACCGGGUACAGGCACGGCUGCUUCUGCCGCAGAGUCCCAAAACCGGACCGGCUGGACUCUAAGCCGGCCUGGUACAGGUGUCUGAUGCACACUCGCUACCAGGACGAGGCUCAGAUGACCAACCCGCCGCACGGGGUCGGGCACAGUCACGCUCACACACCGAAUCCUAAUUUAACUCACACACAUGCGCACACGCACCCGCACACGGUGAACAACCCUGCUGUGCACGGACACAGCCAUGUGGCCAACUCCACACACACACAUCCACAUCCACACCCACACCCACACACACAUUCCCCGGCCAACAUGGACCCUCAUCCUCAGGACUCUCACCUUCUGCUGGGGUGCGUGAGGCGCUGCUACGGAGACUGGAUCACUAACACCUACGUCAAACCCUUCGUGGUUCUGCUGUAUCUGGUUUACAUCUCGUUUGGACUGAUGGGCUUCCUGCAGGUGGCCCAGGGUUCAGACCCCAGCGCACUGGUUGCCAUGGAUACAGCGACAGUACUGUACACCCGUGCCCAGCAGCGUUACUUCAGCUCGUACUCCCCCGUCAUUGGAUUUUACAUCUAUGAGAGCGCCCCCUACUGGAAUUCCUCGGUGCAGCGGGACUUGCAGGAAUACGCCAAAGGCUUCCAGCGAAUCAGCUGGCUGGAAGCUUACCUGAACUACCUGUCAGACCGCAACCAGUCCACCAGCCAGCCGCGGGAAAACUUCACCCACACGCUUCGUCACUCCUUCCUCCGCGAGCCGCAGUUCGCUCACUUCGCCGAUGACAUCAUAUUCGCGGAGCGCGGUCAGGGCGAAGAGCCCGACGUGGCGGCGUCCCGAAUCUUCCUGGUGGCCAAGACGACGGAGAACAAGCGCGAGGAGAUGUCAGUGCUGCUGGACACGCUGCGACGCCUGUCACUGACCUCACGCGUCCGCUUCCUGAUCUUCAACCCCUCCUUCGUCUACCUGGACCGCUAUGCUGCAGCGGUCAGCUCCCCCCUCAGACACUCACUGCUGGCGGUGCUCUUCCUGUUAGGCUUGUCCUCGCUGGCCGUCGUGGAGCCGCUGGUCUCCGUGUGGCUGGGCCUCACCCUGCUCUCCGUCCAGUUCGGGGUGUUGGGCUUCAUGACCUUGUGGGGUGUGGAGCUGGACUGCAUGUCUGUGUUGUGUCUGAUCUCAGCCUUGGGGCACUCGGCAGACUGCAGCGGCCCCCUCCUCUGCGGUUUCGCCUCGGGUCGGGGCGACAGCAGGACUCGCUGGGUGAGGGUGGCGCUGGAGAGACACGGGGUGCCCUCUCUACAGACGCUCAUCUGCUACAGCGCCGCUCUGGUGCCUGUUGGCUCUGUGCGCUCCAACCUCACACGCACACUGUUUCGCUGCCUCACCCUCACGGCAGGAUGCUCGGCCCUGCACACGCUUGCGUUCCUGCCCACCCUCCUCACCUUCCUGCCCCCAUCCAAGAGCCGGGGACACCGGCCGGAUGGAGAGGGGCAGAGGCAGGAGGUGGAGUGUGUUGAAAUGAAUGACAGCACUCGAGUGGUCGACCAGAUAACUACCGUCUGAGCGUUUGUGUGAUGGGAUGUUAGCCGCUAUGCAUCCUGCAGGCAAGAGCGCAGAUACUUGAGAGAAAGAUAGGGAGGAAUAUAUAGAUCGAAGGUCAAGAGGAAACAGAUUCAAAUUCAAGUACAAGGUGGGAGGAUACUUAAGACAAGAACAGAUAAGGAUCAGCAGAGGUCAAGCCUGUAUGUGACGUCACCACAGAGGAAAAAAGUGCCACAUUUUCACCAAAACUUGCUUUAGAUCUGAUCACAUUGUUUGGCUACUGCUAUUUGUUUGCCAUAUCAAGUUGCACAAAUACAGCUACAAUGACAUGAGGCAAUCAUCUGUAUGACCUGAAGUAUUUCUACUUUAAUGCUGGACAAAUAAAAUCAAUUAAAGAAAACAGG